UCUAGUUGAGACAUCAAUCUGAAGUUCCCAUUUCUCUGCUACUACUCUCUGAUCUGUCUCCCUGUUUUCUCACCCUUGCUUGCCUCACCCCUGCGCAUUAGUAAGCAGCACCUAUUCUCUGUUUUCUCUUUGCAAUGCCUCCUCUCUGCGCCGCCUAACAGCCACCUACCCUCGACAUGGAUAUCGGAGGACUGACCACAGUGGUAGCAAACUCUGCUUACAUCAAUGCUCGCGGAAGCAUCGAUGGCUCCAAUGCAGCAGCGGCUCGGGAUAAGAAAUACCACUCUCGCCUCAAACUGCCUCACAUCACUGUGUGUGAGGGUCUGAGGGAGACCCUGGAUUUGGCCUUUGACUCCGUCUGCGUGGAGCAGCCUAUUGGCAAACGCCUCUUCAGGGAGUUCUUGAAUGCCAAUCAAGAGUACCAUGGGGCUUGCCGUCUGUGGAAAGACAUCGAGGACUAUGACCUGGCGGAGGAUUCUGACAGGGAAAAGAAGGCCUCAAAGAUUGUCCAGCGUUACAUGGACCCCUCUGCCAAACAUUACUGUCCGUUCCUGCCUGAGGACAUCAUAGCCAAGGUGAAGGAAGGCCUGGAAGCUGUAGGCGAUGACUUGUUCGCUGCAGCACUGGCCACAACGUUGGACUAUCUGCGGGAGGCCCCCUACACUUUCUUCAUGGAGAGCAUGUAUCUGAAGAGGUUCCUGCAGUGGAAGUGGCUCGAGAUGCAGCCCAUGGAUACAGACUGGUUCCUGGACUUCCGUGUGCUGGGAAAAGGUGGGUUCGGGGAGGUGUCUGCCUGUCAGAUGAAAGCCACAGGAAAACUGUACGCCUGUAAGAAACUCAACAAGAAGAGGCUGAAGAAGAGGAAAGGCUAUGAGGGGGCGAUGGUGGAGAAGAGGAUCCUGGAGAAGGUUCACAGUCGCUUCAUCGUGUCACUGGCGUACGCCUUCCAGACCAAGGAUGAACUUUGUCUGGUCAUGACCAUCAUGAAUGGAGGAGACCUCAAGUACCACAUCUACCUGGUGGAUGAGAACAACCCGGGGUUUGACGAGCCCAGAGCCUGUUUUUAUAUCGCUCAGAUCAUCCAAGGCUUGGAGCACCUCCACCAGAAGAGAAUCAUCUACCGAGAUCUCAAACCAGAGAACGUGCUCUUGGAUAAUGAUGGGAAUGUGCGCAUAUCUGACCUGGGUCUUGCUGUGGAGCUAAAAGAAGGCAAAACAAUGACCAAAGGAUAUGCAGGGACACCAGGGUACAUGUCUCCAGAGAUGCUGAAAGGUGAGAAGUAUGACACUUCUGUCGACUACUUCACUCUGGGAGUGACGCUGUACGAGUUCAUGGCUGCAAAGAACCCGUUCAGGAACAGGGGGGAAAAGGUCGACCGCGAGGAGAUGAAAGAGCGCAUGCUGACGCGGGUGGUGACCUAUUCAGACCAGUUCAGCGAGCACGCAAAGUCGCUCUGUGAGGGGCUGCUGGCCAGGGAGGUUGAUCAGAGGAUGGGCUUUAAGAAUGAGUGCUGUGAUGAGAUCAGAGCACACCCAUUUUUCAAAGACAUCAACUGGAGGAAACUGAAUGCAGGUAUUCUGCCUCCUCCUUUUGUCCCUGACCCUAAAGUGGUGUACGCUAAAAGUCUGGAUGACGUCGGGGCCUUCUCCUCGGUGAAGGGAGUGGCCUUGGAGGAUACUGACAAGACCUUUUUCGACGAGUUCUCCUCAGGCAACAUCCCCAUCCCCUGGCAAGAGGAGAUGAUCGACAUGGGGCUUUACGGAGAGCUAAACGUUUGGGGUCCUCAAGGCAGCAUCCCGGACGACCUCCGCAGGGAGUCCAUACUAGAGCAGCCAAAGUCGUCAACCUGCUGCGUUUCAUAGAGCCAUCGCAACACCUUGAAAAUGCAUCAACCAUCCGGUGUGCAGACUCGUAGUUCUGUAGAACACGUGACAUGAGGACCCAAAUACUCAGGACAGACACAAGUCUCUUCUGAACUUUCUGAUCGCAAACAGUUUAAGACUCUAAACUUUUUUUGGUGUCCGCAAGAAACAACAAGAACAGAAUGGAGCUGGAUUUUCAACCUGGAAUGGAAUCAAGGAUAGAUUUAAGAGUUAAGAAAGAUUAAAUGUGUUGACAUUUUAUCCUCUGUCCCCCAACACACACACACACACACACACACACACACACUCUUUCUCUAUCCGCUCUCUCUCUCUUCUCUUUGUGUGUGCAUGUGUUCAAGUAUUGCAAUGCUUUUAGGUUUAAAAUCACACUUAUAAGCAGGGGUUUAGUUACGUGGUGUGUUUGGUGCAAAGUCACGUGUUGAACAUGAUCACACACGCGCUCCCACAGUGUGUUUGCCAUUUCAUGGUAAGUGUUUCGGUUUGUCUUUGAGUUUACUGUCCCUUAGUUUUUAAUACAAGCAGCUAAAUCAACUGCUGCUGCCGAAACACCAAAAGCUGAGACACCAGAAACACAAAGUUUCAUGCUUUUGGAGAACGUUUUUCUUGUGUGUUUUAUUUCAUGGUUCAUUAUUGACUCUUUGCACCAAUAGCCAAGAGCAGAGCACCUCUGAUACAGACUGAUGUACUAUAGUCUCGUUGUUAUGAGAGAAACUGGAAUAUAGAGAAAUGUUGACAGCAAAUCAAUUUAUUUUCAAAAACAGAAAAGAUCAGAAAUAUCAAAUGUAUGAAAAAGUAGAAAGGAAAUAAAAUAGCUUAUUGAA